AUGAUCUCUGAAGAGCGGUCGCUACCACUGAAAAUAAAAGAAAAAAAUAUCUUAACUCCCGUCAAUAACAUAGCACGUCGUGUAGUAAAUCGAAGUAAAGAUUCAUUAACCGUAAAAUCAAAAAGUUUACUUGUCCCAACACGUUUAGCGUUAAAACGUAAUCAUGGCGAUUUUAAAAUCCCACCUCUUUCUUGUAUACCAGUAAUAUUCGAGGGACUUCAAAUGGAAUUAGGUAAUUCCAAUAGAGAUAAUGGCUUAUCGGCAACGGAAUAUCAGCAUGAGGAAAAUCAGUCGUUAAAGUAUCAACAAAUAAUGAGCAAAACUGAAACCAGUAAUUAUGAGAGUGACAUUCAUGAACAUUCGAAUUCAAACUAUAAUGCUCUUGUAGAUAUUCAGCACAAUAAAUCGUUAGUUACACCAUGUCUUCGACAAACACAAGUUGUCUCCCUGUUAUUCAGGUUAGUUGUC